CCUCCAGCAUCAGCAGCUAGGAGACGCGUGCGCGCGCACGCACAGACAGACAGACAGACAGACAGGAUCAGCAGAUUUGUCUUUCUUUGGGUCCUGUUUGCUUGAGAAUAGCGCGGGUGUGUAAACCUCCAUCUCUUUCUACUCCUCCACUUCACCUGCACAGAAUGCUUUGCGUGUGAUGCGUCGGCCGCGCUGCGCUCGUCAGGAGUCGGUGUUAAGCGGCGGAGGGGUGACCUCUCUGGAGCUGAAAAUGGAGCAAUCGGUGAUCAUCAAACCCGUUCACUCGUCGCUUCUGGGCCAGGACUACUGCUUUGAGGUGACCACCUCGGCGGGGACCAAGUGCUUCUCGUGCCGCUCAGCGGCCGAGCGGGACAAGUGGAUGGAGAACCUGCGGCGAGCUGUGCAACCCAACAAAGACAACAGCCGACGCCUGGAGAACCUUCUGACCUUGUGGGUCAUCGAAGCCAAGGACCUGCCCGCCAAGAAGAGGUACUUCUGUGAACUUUGUCUAGACGACAGCCUGUACGCACGCACGUCCUGCAAGAUGAAAACGGACAACAUCUUUUGGGGCGAGCGCUUCGACUUCAGCAGUCUGCCGUGCGUCAACGCCGUGACGCUGCACAUCUACAAAGACACAGACAGGAAACGCAAGAAGGACAAGAGCAGCUACGUGGGUCUGGUCAACAUCCCCGUCGUCACGGUGAUGGGCAGACAGCUGGUGGAGAAGUGGUACACGGUCAGCAUGCCCAGCACCAUCAGGGGCAAGUCGAGCGUGCCGACGGUGCGGGUGAAGGCGCGCUACCAGAGCGUAGCCAUCCUGCCCAUGGAGCAGUACAAAGAGUUUGCCGAGUUCAUCAGCGCCAACUACUUGCUGCUGUGCAACACGCUGGAAUCUUCCAUCGGCCUGCGAGCCAAAGAGGAAGUGGCGGCGGCGCUGGUUCACAUCCUGCACAGCACCGGCAAAGCCAAGGACUUCCUGACGGACUUGAUGAUGUCGGAGGUGGACCGUUACCGGGACAACGAUCAGCUGAUCUUCAGAGAGAACACCCUGGCCACUAAAAGCAUUGAGGAAUACUUGAAGCUGAUUGGACAAAAGUACCUGCAGGACGCGCUGGGCGAGUUCAUCAAAGCUCUGUGCGAGUCGGACGAGAACUGCGAGGUGGACGCGUCUCGCUGCGCCGGCUCUGAGCUGGCCGAGCAUCAGGCCAACCUGAGGAUGUGCUGUGAGCUGGCCUUCUGCAAGAUACUCGACUCCUACAGGGUGUUUCCUCGGGAGCUGAAGGAGGUUUUUGCCUCGUGGCGUCAGGAGUGCAGCAACCGCGGGAGAACAGACAUCAGCGAGCGCCUGAUCAGCGCCUCGCUGUUCCUGCGCUUCCUGUGUCCAGCGGUGAUGUCGCCCUCGCUCUUCGACCUGACGCAAGGAUACCCCGACGAGCGCACGGCUCGCACGCUGACGCUCAUCGCCAAAGUCAUCCAGACGCUGGCCAACUUCAGCAAGUUCGGCACUAAAGAAGAAUACAUGCUCUUCAUGAACGACUUUGUGGAGCUCCAGUGGAGCAACAUGCAGCGAUUCCUGCAGGAGAUCUCCAACCCCGAUGGACUCAGCCACACCGGCGCCGGCUUUGACGGAUACGUCGACCUGGGCCGGGAGCUGUCCUGCCUGCACACCUUGCUCGCUGAGCUGGACCAGUCCUGCCUGUCCAAGCUGAGUCCGCUUCCUCGGAUCCUACGGGACGUGACGGCGGCUCUGGCCAACCCCGGGGGCGGGCCUUAUCCCGGGAAAGCCUCCUCGCCCGAGCAGCAAUUGUCGUCCCCGCCGCCGCCGCCGCCACCGCCACCGCCUCUGUCGCCGCCACCCCUCUCGCCUCCUCUGGCAGCAUGCAAUCCCUCGCUCGGUCAGCAGUGCGGCGUUGGACCGGACGGAGGGUUGGUGGAUUUCACCAGGCUUCCGUCGCCCACGCCUGAAAACAAAGAUUUGUUCUUUGUCACAAAAGGUUCCAGCCUUCAGCCUGCGUCAGGCCCGCGCGGCUCUCCGGCCCCGAGCUCCUCCUACUCGGAGCCCAACGACGACGCGGCGUUCGCCAGAGCGGGCCAGGAAGUGAGCAGUGCGGAGGGCCGGAGCCUGUCUCUGGUGGACCUGCAGGAUUCCUUCCCGGGUGACGCGGCGGAUGACAGCCAAUGGCAGCGCAGGGCGGGGCUGCUGCCGUUGUCCUUCCAGAACCCCGUCUAUCACAUGUCGUCGCGGCAAGCCCGCCGGGCCGGGGCCGAGGCCGCGCCCUCCGACGCCUGCUCUGCGACUUUGCAAGGCGGGGAUGAGCGCAACUCGGCCACCGCGCCCAGAUCCGCCUUCCUCACCCAGAUGCAAGUGGGCGCGGCCUCCGGGGGCGAGCGAGGGGAGCGUCUGUCGGCCGUGUCCAGCAGCAGCAGCGGAGAAGAGCAAAACAGAAGAGCGCUCUCGGAGAACAUCACAAGUGGCGCCGCGCCCCCCCGCCAGAGCUGCACGGGUCCUCAGCGUCGCAUCGACCAACCGCCGCCGCCCUUGGCGGCGCCGCCGCGAGGCCGCACGCCGCCCAGCAUGCUCCCCCCUCGCCCCGCCUCUGGGAGCAUGAUGUCGUCCAGUCCCGAUUGGCCCAGCAGCGGACACUCGCGACUGCGCCAGGCCUCGUCUUCGUCCAAAGGAGACAGUCCCGAAAAAGUGCGGCCUGCCACCAAGGCGCCGUCUCCAUGCGCGUUGGACCGUACGGCCGCCUGGCUUCUCAACAUGAACUCUGCCUCUUCUUACGCCGAGACGGAAGACGACCGCCAUGACGAUGCUCUCAUCGACAAGUACCAGCAGGACAUUGCAUUGCUGCAGGAGAAGCUUCGUGUGGCGGCCCUGCGUCAGGAGGAGUGUGAGGCCCGGGUCCUGGUUCAGGACCAGCAAAACCAACGUCUGCUGCAGGAAUAUCAGGCUCGACUGGAGGAUACAGAGAGUCGGCUGAGGAGGCUGCAGGAUGACAAAGAUCUCCAGAUGAACAGCAUCAUCAGCAGGUUAAUGGCAGUGGAAGAGGAGCUGAAGAAAGAUCAUUCCGAAAUGCAGGCUGUGGUUGACUCCAAACAAAAGAUCAUUGAGGCACAGGAGAAGCGGAUGGCAAAUCUGGACGCUACCAACAGUCGCCUGAUGGCGGCGCUGGCUCAGCUGAAAGAGCGCUACGGCGUGACAUCACAGAGGAACGGUUUGUCUCCUAGCAACACAUCAUCGCUGCAGAUCACAGAAAACGGCGAGUUUCGCAAUUCGGAUCAUCGCUGAGCCGGCCGGCUACGGGCCGGCAGCAGCGUCAACUGCAAGUGGGAGGUUCCCUAGCAAGUUGGUACACACGCACGCACGCACGCACAAGCACACACCAAGAAGAACGUUACCCACUCCACGUCAGCGACUGACGUUUCCCGUUUGCACGAGCGCUCGCUCGCUUGCCUUCCUGUGGCGCUCCACCAGAUGCUUAAAGGAAGGCAGGAUUCAACAUUUGCGUUCAGAUGCACAGCGAAACAAAUCAGUCAGCCAGACAGACAGCCAGUGGCAGCCAAUCACAUCGCAUUGACCAUUUUAAAAAAACAACAACAACAUUGUUUUGGUUGUGUCAUAGCACUCGCGGCAAGCAUCCCUGUCGCAAGAGCCUCUGCCGAUCUGACGGAAUUCAGCCGCCUGGUCAUUGUGUCUUUGUCAAAGCUUUUCAUUGUGCAAGUCGCCAUCAACACCAGAGAGACUUGAAUAAAGUAGGGCAGCCAGCCAGCCAGCCAGCCAGCCAGCCAGCCAGCCUGCCUGCCUGCCAGCCAGCCAGCCAGCCAGCAGCAUCGGUCAGUGUGCUUUCUUGCACUUGGUGAAGCCAGGCACAAGUCACCAAACGGUGGCUUUUUAUUCAAGGCAGGAAGUGAGUGACAUGUGUAAAUAAAUUCCAUCAAUGUCUGUUAAGACACUAAAAGUUGCCGGAACACAUUUUGCUUUGAAGGGCUGCUGUGUUUUAACAAGGAAAGACCAAUGUGCUUAUGGAUGAAGAUGACUUGUACUUGUGAACAGUAAAGAGGAGUGAGUGCUUGU